CUGCCGCCGCCGCCCCCCUUACACCUGCCUUCCUCCAGCCCCCCGCCCUCCCUGGUGGACAGCACCCCGUCUUCUCAGCCCGCGCUCACUCCAUCCAACACCCCCGGCGGCGGCGUGCUGAAGAAAACCAGCUCUCCAGAGAUCAAGCUGAAGAUCAUAAAGACGUAUCAGAACGGAAAGGAGUUGUUUGAGUCUGCGCUGUGUGGGGAUCUGCUGCAGGAGCUGCAGAAGGAGUCUCAGAAGAAUGAGGCAACUCAAAUGCAGCGCAGACACGAGAGGAAGAAGGAGAAGAGGAAAAAGAGCGCGAGGUUGCAGCUUCAGGCUCAGCAGAGUGUGGAGCGGAGCCAAGAGCAAACUGCUUCCACGGCCCAGACAGAGGAAUCCGUCCAGCUGCAGCCAAGAGAGCCGCCGCCGCCGAGCGACCCGCCACCGGCCCAGGCGGAGAAAACUCAGAGGACGGUCAUCAAAACUGAGCCAAAAAUACCGAAGACAAAGAGCGAAGUUCCUAAAGUCCAUCAUCCGUCGGUGAUCCAGGAGACGGGGUUCUGUAAGGAGUUUGUGAUCGGAGAUCUGGUGUGGUCCAAGGUGGGCACCUAUCCCUGGUGGCCCUGCAUGGUCUCCUCCGACCCACAGAUGAAGGUCCACACUCGCAUCAACACUAGAGGACACAGGGAGUAUCACGUCCAGUUCUUCGGCAGCGUCGCUGAGCGAGCGUGGAUCCACGAGAAGAGGAUAGUCACGUACCAGGGAAAGCAGCAGUUCGACGAGCUCCAGGCAGAGACGCUGCGCAAAGCCACAAACCCUGUGGAGAGACAGAAACUUUUGAAGCCCAUUCCUCAGAGGGAGCGGACUCAGUGGGAAGUAGGCGUCGGCCAUGCUGAGGACGCCUUUCUCAUGACUCGCCAGGAACGGAUCGAUAACUACACCUUCAUCUACGUUGACCCGGACCCCGAAGAGGCACCACCUACCAAGAAACCCAGCAUCCGAGCUGAAAAACGGAGCCGGCGCUCCAGCGGCUCGGUCGGAAAGAAGGAGGAUGUUGGCGUGAAGUCGCCCGACAGAGAGCAGCCGCCGCGGAGGCAGCUGCCGCGCCGGCAGUGCAGCAUUUCCAACACGGAGGACAGCUCGAACUCACAGCCCGCCGGGGAAGAGAAGAACCAGAAGGGAGAACAGCAGAAGAAGAGUUCACCGCUGCAGAACGCCGGCUCUGGUGCAAAGCAGGACUCGCCACCGCCAGUGGUCAGGCCGUGGAAAACGGCAGCGGCGAGGAAGCUACUGCCUCUCUCCAUCACCAUGAAGAGGCUGAAUGUGGAGAUCACCAAGUGCGACUGGCCUCUCCUGCAGAAAAACAUCACGCCGUCCCCAAAGAAGGACAGAGAAGAAGAGAAGAAGGAGAGGGUGGAGAGAGAGGCCCGGCAGCCCGACCUGGGGUACUGCUCACCUGACCAGGACAGCAGAGCCAAACCUGUGCCCAGUCCAGAGGAGGAGGAAGAAGAGGGUGACGAAGGUGAGGAAGAGAGCGACGAGCGGAGAGGCUCUCCGGCCAGCAGGAGGAGCGAGUCAGCGAAUCGACAAAACUCUUCACCUGGAUCGCCCAGCAGCAGCCCGCAAGGCUCUCAGGACAGGAAGCCUCAGCGGCGGUCAGUCCGGAGUAGAUCUGAGUCAGAGAGAGGCACCGAUCCCAUCCCGAAGAAGAAAACCAAAAAAGAACAGGCGGAGAUGGCUCCAGAAACCACUCUGAAGACGGGAUCACAGAAAGGAGCCAGUGAGAUCUCUGAUGCGUGCAAACCGCUGAAGAAGAGAAGCAGAGCGUCAACAGACGUCGAAAUGGCUUCGUCUCAGUACAGAGACACGUCUGAUUCCGACUCCAGGGGUCUCAACGACCCACAGGGAUUAUUUGGGAAGAGCCUGGACAGCCCAGCAGCGGCAGACGCUGACGCUUCGGACACUCAGUCUGUGGACUCCGGUUUGUCCCGUCAAGACAGCGGUACCGGACAGAGAGACACAGUGUGCCAGAUCUGCGAGGCAUAUGGGGAGGGUUUGGUUGUGUGUGAGGGCGACUGCAGCAGACAGUUCCACCUGGAGUGUCUCGGCCUGUCGUCUCCACCGGAGGGCCGAUUCACCUGCACUGAAUGUAGAAAUGGCAAUCAUCCUUGUUUUAGCUGUAAAUCAGUGGACCCGGAGGUGACUCGUUGUUCCGUGUCUGGUUGUGGAUGCUUCUACCACGAGGAUUGUGUCCGGAAGCUGCCAGGCACCACCAGCGGUUCUGGUGGAGGGUUCUGCUGCCCGCAGCACAGCUGCUCCACCUGCUGCCUGGAGCGAGACCUGCAGCGAGCCAGCAAAGGCCGUCUGAUCCGUUGUAUCCGCUGCCCGUUGGCCUAUCACCCCAGCGACGGCUGCCUGGCCGCCGGCAGCGUCAUCCUCACCCAUCACAUUAUGAUCUGCAGCAACCACGGCAGUGCCAAGAAGAACGGCCUCCUUUCCUCUCCCGUCAACGUCGGCUGGUGCUUUCUGUGUGCCAGAGGGCUGUUAGUGCAAGACCUUACUGACACCAUAUUAAGUUCAUAUGCCUAUAAGUCCCACUACCUUCUGACUGAGUCAAAUCGUGCUGAGUUGAAAUUACCUAUGAUUCCCUCUCCUUCGUCAGCUACCAAAAAGAAUGUUGGGAAAGGAGGAAAGUUGCUGUGCUGCGACUCAUGCCCAGCUUCCUUCCACCCGGAGUGUCUGGAGAUGGAGAUGCCCGAAGGCGCGUGGUCCUGCAGUGAUUGCAGGGCGGGGAAGAAGCCUCACUACAAACAAAUUGUCUGGGUCAAACUGGGAAACUACAGAUGGUGGCCGGCUGAGAUUUGCAACCCUCGCUUGGUGCCAUCAAAUAUCCAGAGCCUUCGGCACGACAUCGGUGACUUUCCGGUCUUCUUCUUUGGUUCCCACGACUACUACUGGAUCAACCAGGGUCGCGUGUUCCCAUACGUGGAGAACGACAAGAACUUCGUCACGGGUCAGAUUAACAUCAACAAAACCUUCAAGAAAGCUCUGGAAGAAGCAGCUCGGCGGUUUCAGGAGCUCAAGGCUCAGAGGGAGAGCAGGGAAGCUCUGGAGCAGGAACGCAACUCCCGCAAACCUCCACCAUACAAAAUCAUCAAGUCCAAUAAGCCAGUGGGUAAGGUGCAGAUGCACGUGGCCGACUUGUCAGAAAUCCCUCGAUGCAACUGCAAACCAACAGAGGAGCAUCCUUGCAGCUUCGACUCCCAGUGUCUCAACCGUAUGCUGCAGUACGAGUGUCACCCGCAGGUGUGUCCUGCAGGAGACCGAUGUGAGAAUCAGUGCUUCUCCAAGCGGCUGUACGCAGAAACUGAGGUGGUGAAGACGGAGGGCCGCGGCUGGGGGCUCAGAACAAACCAAACGCUCCGCAAGGGUGACUUUGUGACCGAAUACGUGGGAGAGGUUAUAGACUCGGAGGAAUGCCAGCAGCGAAUCAAACGAGCCCAUGAAAAUCACGUGUCCAACUUCUACAUGCUCACUCUAACCAAGGACCGAGUGAUAGACGCCGGCCCAAAAGGAAACUCGUCUCGCUUCAUGAACCACAGCUGCAGCCCCAACUGUGAAACCCAGAAGUGGACGGUGAACGGAGACGUUCGCAUCGGGCUCUUUGCCCUCUGCGACAUCGAGGCUGGCACAGAGUUGACGUUCAACUACAACCUACACUGCGUGGGCAACCGGAGGAUGUCCUGCCACUGCGGAUCCGACAACUGCUCUGGGUUUCUCGGCGUUCAGCCGACGAGUGCUGUGGUGUUGGAGAAGGAGGAGAAGGCUAAGAACGCCAAGCUGAAGCCCAAGAAGCGGAAGCUGCGGCCGGAGGGCAAACACACACACGAGUACGUCUGUUUCUGCUGCGGAGAAGGAGGAGAGCUGGUGAUGUGCGACAGGAAGGACUGUCCGAAAGCGUAUCACCUGCUGUGUCUCAACCUCACCAAGCCGCCAUACGGACGCUGGGAGUGUCCGUGGCACGACUGCAGCGUAUGCGGCGCCUCAGCUUCGUCACUCUGCGACUUCUGCCCCCGUUCGUUCUGCCGGGACCACGAGGCGGGGGAGCUCACCGCCUCCGCUCUGGACGACCGCCUCUGCUGCUCCAACCACGACCCGCUCAGUCCGCUGGGCUCCGGCUCGACCCAGCCACGGCGCUUUGAUCGGAGCCCCGUCAGGGUCAAAGAGGAGUCUAAAGAGUGAAGCCGCAACUUCCACUAUACCUCAUUCCCAGCGAAGUGCUCUCUGACGUCUGCAGCGGUGCACUUCACAAGGGGGAUACAGUGUUUGUUUUUGUUUGUUUUUCUGUUUUUUAAACGGUGCGAUAGCCGCCGCUAGCGGCUGGGACACGCCGAUGAACUGAUGCUGUUGGCAGAGAGAGCAGAGUGACUGAAGGAACGACACGGGAAGGUGACUGAGCAUAAUCAUGCGCUGUUUUCUCUUCUCUCUCGCCAUAAAAGACCGAUAGUUACACUUUUUACAGCUCGCCUGCGCCCUCCGGAGGGCACAGACCUUACUGCGUUUCAUCUUCUAUUUCUGGCGCUUUUUUGUCACAUUUAAAUGUUUCGCAUCAUCAGGCAAAUUUUAAUAUCAAACUCAAUCUGUUUGAACCCAAAAACAUUCAUUCAAACGAUGAUUUGAUUUAUUUAAAGGGGAGAACAGUGAAUCAAAACAACCUGGCUAAAGGCAGGAAAGUAAUUUCUCACUAAUACGUGGAUAUAAAUACUUUAAAUAUUCUUCUUUGCUGUGUUUGAGUUCAAACACAUUUGGUUUUGAGCAUCAGUGACAUAGUUUCUCCAUCUGAAUGAGCUCCAGACUUUGACUAGACCUCUUGAAAAACCUUCAUAAUGACCUUUUUUAAGUCUUUCAGAUGUGUAGAUACCACUUUUUCAUGUUUUCUACAUUGAACAAAAAUACCAAAUCUUACCAAGUAUUUUUGGUUUCUGGUGCGACUGUUAUUA